AUGCUCUGCUCUUCAACAGUUGCGUUGAUAUACGCAGGCUCAAUCAGCCCUAGCAUCCAACUCUUCUCUGUCUUGGUCAUAGGCUUCAUCUCGUUCCGCUGGACCCGCCAUCUAUAUUUUACAGUUUCCCAGCCAGAAAUCACCAUCGCCAGCCUUACUGAACCGUCGGCUCCUGCAUCUUCCCCGGAGGUGUCUUCUUCUCCUUCUCCCAGCGGCCCGGAGCAGCCCGACCAAGACCAGGAGGAGGUGGAUUAUCCCCUCACACGACUUCCAUACAACGAGGACACCAUCGUCGGCCUCGUCAGCGAAGUAUACCGCAUCUACAUACAACUCGGCUUCAUCAACAACCGCGCGAAUGGCGAGCCCGAACUAGUCUGGCCGCCACCCAACGGCCACUCUAUCAACAAAGCCCGCUGCGAGGAGCUCAAUCUCAGCCCCAAAGUAAUAUCCUUGAUGCAACGACUGCCCUAUCCGGUCACGUCCCACCUCGAUAUCCCCUUCAUCCCGGGGUCUAAAGCAAUGGUCUACAUCGACGAUGACCAAAUCCUAGACGGCCGAGAUCCGGAUCGCUGGGAAUUCGACACCCCGCGCAAAGACUUUCUUCUACCGCACGAGAUUGCUCUUGCGACCAGAGAUGACGAAGGUAUUAAUCUUAAUCUUAAUACGGAAGAAAAUUCACCGUCGGACGAUGAGGAUGGUAAUACCGAUUAUCGGAGUCUCUAUGGUCAUCAUGCGCCCACAUUCCUAGCGGAGUAUGUGAACAGGCUGAGAUGUUUGGAGAUUAUCCCCGGUGGUGCACGUAACUAUCGAUGGUUCUAUAACGAGGAUGAUGGUAAAGCGAAAAUUCUGCGGGAGCAGUAUGGCUGGCCGUAUGAUUUCCGGGAGGCGGAGUGGAAGGCUGCGGUUAAGGAUGUUCAGGGACGUAUGGAUGAGUUGAGAAACUGGCCGGCUUCUUAG